AAUCGGGCGCAGGGACGGAGAGGCCAAUAGGCUGCCGGCGGGGUGCCGAGCAGCGCCCACUCCACCUCCUGUCCCGGGCGAACGCUAGCUCGGGCUCUACCUGCUCGUGCGGAGACGGCAAGGAGCAUCUCAGUGGAGUAAAAUGGCCGACUGCAAAGCCGAGAUGGACCAACUCUCUGCCAAGGCACAGAGUGACCGAGUAAAGGGGAAAGUAGCCAAACGGCGCAUAUCUGAUUCAAAUGGCACUGAUGGGGGAGCUACUACACUCGAUGAGAUCAGUGCACUCGAAGAGGCCUUUAGAAAAUUUGCCAUUCAUGGAGACACGAGAGCCACAGGAAGAGACAUGAAUGGCAAAAAUUGGUCAAAACUGUGUAAAGACUGCAAUGUCACUGACGGGAAGAAUGUGACGAUCACAGAUGUUGACAUUGUGUUUUCCAAAGUCAAGGCAAAAUCUUUUAGGACUAUCACCUUUGACCAGUUUAAGGAUGCUCUUGAAGAGCUUGCAGAGAAGAGAUUUAAAGGGAAAACCAAGGAAGAAGCAAUCCAGGAGAUUCACAAGUUAAUUGAAGGAAAGUUCCCCGUCGUUUCAGGCAUAACAAAAACUGUGCUAUCUCCCACAUUGACACGACUUACAGACACCUCAAGGUUCACUGGUUCCCACAAAGAAAGGUUUGACCAAAGUGGAAAAGGUCGAGGAAGAGCUGGCAGAGAGUACCUGGUUCAAAAUACUGGCUAUGUAGUGGGAUACAAACAUGCUGGUACCUAUGACCAUAAAGUAAAAGGAACUAAACAUGAUUAGGUUUAUUUUCCCCCCACCUUCACCAGGAAUGUAUCCACUUCCAAGGCGCCUUGACUGAAAGAAUCAAAAGUAGGAACCCAAAUCGUCGUCAUUCAUUUCAACAUAUUUCAGAAAAUUCAUAAAGUACAACAAGUUAUUUAUGCCUCCAAUUAAAAGUACAGAAAGACCCCCUAUCACCCCCACCUCCCCCCCUCCCCCACCACUCCCUCACUUUCCCCACCACCAUCAUUGGUCAGGUGUGAAAAUCCAUUGCUUUUGAAUGGCUCUUGCUGAUCAAGUACAGGCACUACUGAUGGCUACCAAUACCUAAUCAGGACCAACGUUCUAAUGGACAACUUCAGAUAGUUCAAUAUCACAAGCAUUUGAACCAGCUCAUCUUGAUGCAUUAUGAUCAUCUGCUUGGAUGGAUUCCAACUGAUUGUGCGUGAAAAACCAGAAUUUCUGCUAGGUACAAGAGCAUUGCACUUUCCCUGCAUCACAAGAUGACCCUUCCUACAGCAACUGAUGAGACAAAUGGAAGUUUACUACAAGUUCUCUGAUGUUUCACAAAAUCCUCAUUCAAAGUUGAUGAAGAAUCUUGAAACUAUAUCAUGUGAGAAUGGACUCUUACUCAAAACUCUGAAUUGUAGAAGUGGAUGUAAGAAAGAUGCCAAAGUGGAAGAGGCACAGAAAUGUCAGCCUCAACAUGUCAGGUGCAGAAGCGGGUCCUCUUUGGCUGCUUUGCUGCAUAAAAUGUUCCAAACCUGGUCGGUCAGAUGGGAAAGGAAAAUCUCACCACAGCCAAUGGAUAAAUUUUUCAUCGCAAAAAAUGCAUUAUUGCACAGAGGCUGUUGGUGAGAAAGAUCUGCAGGCAUAAUAUUGGUAACACAUAGUUCUCCAAUACUGAUUUAACAGUUGUGUCCCUUUAAAGAUGUGCUCAACAUAAAUGAGACAGGACUCUUUGACUGAGCUGCCAUAAAUGACAUUUUGCCUGCCAAAGAAAUAUUUCAGUAAGAUCUGAAGUGUCAAGAAUCAGCACCAUUGGCCUUUAGAUGAAAACAUAAUUGGAACCAGUGGAUUUAGCAAGUGGGCUUGAGGAAUAUCACUCACAGACACCAAAGAAUCGCAGUUGCCUGAAAAAUUUAUGGCCAGCUGUAGUGACUGCCAUCCUUAAGCUGAAGUAGUACACGAGGAAUAUUGAACAAUCUGAAGAUAAAGAUCACUAAGUGGGGGGAGAUUCAAUGAGGCUGGUACAGAUGAAUCACACCCUCUAUAGGAUCACAUGCCCACCGGUAUCCUGAUACCUUUCUGCCAGUGGGAAUGGGAUGAAAGACUUCCAACAGUUUUAACGAUUCUCAUUCAGAUCUUGGAAGGUUUAUACUGAAAGAUAAUAAAAGCUGGAGACUGAUGUUUCUGCAUGCUUGCACAGGUGAAAAUAAGCAAGCCUACAUAAACACGCUAUAGAGUCCGGGAAAAACGUGGUUGUUCAUCCUGUAUCAAAGCAACUACUGUCUCUUGUACAACAUAGAUAGGAACUGCAUUUCUCUUUUUCUCCGGACCCAUAUCAGUUUUGAUUAUAAUGAUUUAGAGUCUGUAAAAUAGUCAUACUGAACUUGAUUAUAAUUCUGCUUCUAAAAAUGCGUGGUUGGCACAAGUUCUACAGGCCUCGAAAGACAUUUUAUCAACCAGUGGUUCUAUUAAAGGGAGUAGAAUGUAUUACAGCCAUUGUGUAUCUGAUAGUGGUGGACCUUGUACUACACCUUCUUGCCUCACCCUGCUUAAAUGAGGAAUUGGAAACCAGCACAUGGUCACUUGUUUUGUUCCUGGCACACUGCUACUUCAUUUCAUUCCACUUUUAUUGCAUUUUGGUAAACCUACCCUCUAUUCUUAAGUUAAGAGCUGUUUUAUCUUAUCUUGGAGUUUCUUAUAUGCUUCAGAAGAUUGAUUCUGCGCUUUAUGGAAUGGCCCUGCCUUGGCUGCAAAGACAAUAAAUGAAUGAAUGAAAGCUUUAGCUGAUUUCCUUCUGAACACUUCACCUCUGAUAUCACAUUAUUGCACAGGCAGAUCCCAGCUUGUAAAUGAGGUAUCAAGAGGAAUAUUGAAUGAAGACUUCUGAAUGUGAAGAUUUUAAUUGACACUUUAGUAAUAAGGAAACAUGGCAAUAAUUUCAAUGUUUAAUGUAAUUUAGGUUGGUUAAAGUCUAAACAGCUUCUAUGCUUUGUGAGCUGCUCAUGAUAUUAGGCAAAUGAACGAACAGCAUUCUUCAGCAGCUGGAAUAACUAGGAUCAUAACACACAGUUCACAGGAGUUGAGUGCACAUUCCAUCACACACAACAUGGGAGCACUGUUCACCUUACCUCUUUUCAUUUACAUUUUAAUGUUCCAAAGGUUCAGGUCAUGCUUUCUAGCCAUGGGCUCAAAAUGUUUGAAUAUUUGUUAAAAUAAAGUGCAGUGUUCUGUUCGGAUAUGCUAGAUGAUUUCUUCCUAUAUUUUACUUCCUGGGUAUAUCCUGACCUUUCUUUUGUUUCCACUCUCUUUCCUCCACUGUUUGACCUCAAUUGGUCGGCUUCUCCACAACUUGUCUUAUUCCUCCAACAAUUGCCCUAGGUAAGUCAAAUGCCUUGUUGCGUAAGGUGGGUUUGCACUGUCUCUUGAGAACUGGUUGGCUUGCCCCCAGACUGGCAGGAAUUAGGGCUGGAUCACCAUCUGAUCCAGCAACAGUGGGUCUAUGGUGUUAACUUGAUAAUAACUAUCUUCACAAUUUUUAUGAUAUUCAAAGAAAAGCCCAGCACGCAAGGAGGUAAGAACUGAAAUAUAAAGCUUCCAGAUGUGUUGUGAUACAUUGUAAAAGGCUUUAAAGAUUGUUCUGCAGUGAUGGUUUAUAUUGAAAUUAAAUAAAUCAAAUUAUAUGUAAGUAGCUGAUCUCAGCAUACACAAAAUAUCCAAACUGCAAUAAUCCACAACAUUGAUCAUUGCUCCAUUAAAAUUGGUGUUUAUCAGGAAUUGGAUCAUACUCUAAAAAUAUAAUUCAAAUGUUUUGUCAUUGUUUAACCUCAAGUCCUAACUUCUGCCUGUAUAUAAAUACAGAUAGUUCAGAUUGUGCACUUUACUGUAAGGUACAGUUUCUACUUGCCAGCACAGCUAGUUGCUGCUUCUUCAAUGCCAACUAAGGUACAUAGAACGUAACUGCUGAGAUGGCUGCUCUCUUGAAUUUGGGGCAGUUUCUGCUAUUGGUCUAACAUGCACUGUAGAGAUACUCAGAUUUAAGUUUUUGCUUUAUUAUAAGUCAACGGUCUAAAACUCUAGUCAGAACUAAUGCUUUGAAAACAAAUCAAGAUUUGUAAUUGUAGCCUAAAGCUUUCUGUUGUACACAUUGCCUGAGUGCAUUGGUUCUAAUCUUGUCCGAAGCCAAGCACCUUAAUCAGCAUUUUCUAUCCCCCCCUCCUUCACUAAACUGUAAUGGAAAGGACACGUGGUUUGAAGGUCAAGAGGACUAGAAGCAAGGGUCUUGUGAAUAGUACUCUUGCUACAGAAUGACCCUCUUAUUUUUCUAGAUUGCUAGCUCUGUCUGUAUAUCUGCCAAAUAAUGUCACAUUGUAAACUUAGGCUGACUAAAUUUUGUAAGAAUGACAAUGAAAUAAAAUCUAUUUUCAAAACUA